CCUUGUAAAAACCCCCCGCCCCCAUAAUGGCGGCUCCAUUUCUUCAUCCUCUUCUCCUUUCUCUCCCAACUCUUCACAACCAAACUCUCUCUCUUUCUCUCACUUCAAACCCACCACCAUGCCCCUGGCUUCACCUGUCCAAGGCCUCCUCGCCGCCAUCGCCAGCUUCUUCUUCAUCACUCUAAUCUUGGCCGUCAUCUUACUUUUCUGCAAAAAGACCCGCAAACCUGAAACCCGGAACCGCACCCGGGACUCCGCUAGGACCCAGCCCCACGCCGAAUUAACAUCCAUCGCUACCUUCGAUAGCGCCUCCUUUGACCCUUCUCUCAAUCAAAUCUCCAUGGCCGAGCUCCUCGACGCCACCAAGAACUUCUCCUCCGAUCUCAUCAUCGGCGACGGCAGUUUCGGCUUCGUCUACAAAGCCAAGCUCUCGAACGGCGUCACCGUCGCUAUCAAGAAGCUCGACAAGGACGCGUUUCAAGGGUUUCGCGAGUUUCGGGCUGAGAUGGAGACUCUCGGGAAGCUCCGGCAUAGAAACAUCGUUAAGAUUCUCGGGUACUGCGUCUCGGAUUUGGAUCGGGUUUUGAUUUAUGAGUUUGUCGAGAAAGGAAACCUCGACCAAUGGUUGCAUGACACGGUGACGGAGAGUGAUGACGUGGACGAUACUAGACAGUCGUUUUGCCGGUUACCGUUAAGUUGGGAGACGAGAGUGAACGUGGUGAGCGGCGUGGCUAAUGGGCUGGCGUAUUUACAUGGGCUUGAAAAACCCAUUAUCCAUAGAGACAUCAAGGCGAGUAAUGUGUUGUUGGAUUCGGAUUUUGAGGCCCAUAUCGCCGAUUUCGGGCUUGCCAGGAGGAUCGACACGUCACACUCACACGUGUCGACGCAAGUAGCCGGUACGAUGGGGUACAUGCCACCGGAGUACAUGGGUGGGAACACGGCGGCAACAGUGAUGCUGGAUGUUUAUAGCUUUGGGGUGUUGAUGAUCGAGGUGGCAACGCAGCGGAGGCCCAAUUGGCCAGCGAUCGUUGACGGGAAGGAAGUUGGACUGGUGGAGUGGAGUAGAACAAUGGUGGAGCAAAAUAGGGAAAUUGAAAUGGUGGAUUCAAAUAUUUCAAGGGAAGAAUUGAGUGAAAAUAAGGUUAAGGAGUAUUUCAGGAUUGCUUGUAAUUGUACCAAUGAGAAAACAAGAGAGAGGCCGGCAAUGAAGGAAGUGGUUAAGGAUUUGGAAGAAUUGGCAUCAUGAAUUUGGAUUUUGUAGGUAUAAAAAACAUGCCUUCAUUUGUUUUCUUGAUAAGAUUGUAAAUAGUUUUAUGUUUGCUUACAAAUAUUAAAUAAAUUUGAAUUCCGUU